AUGCAGAAGGUGCCGGGGGCGAACGUGUCACACAGGUGUCACCUGCGGCAGGUGGCGCUGCGCUCGCUGCCCGAGGAGGCGGUGAAGGAGGCUCUGGAGUACAAGGUGCUGCAGUCGCAGUUCUCGCUGCUCUACCACGAGAGCCUGCAGGUGAAGACGCAGCUGGACGAGGCGCGGGCGCUGCUGCUGGCCACCAAGAACAGCCACCUGCGGCACAUCGAGCACAUGGAGAGCGACGAGCUGGGCGUGCAGAAGCGGCUGCGCACCGAGGUGAUCCAGCUGGAGGACACCUUGGCCCAGGUGCGCAAGGAGUACGAGAUGCUGCGCAUCGAGUUCGAGCAGAACCUGGCGGCCAACGAGCAGGCGGGCCCCAUUAACCGCGAGAUGCGUCACCUGAUCAGUUCCCUGCAGAACCACAACCACCAGCUCAAGGGGGACGUGCAGCGCUACAAGCGCAAACUGCGCGAGGUGCAGGCCGAGAUCGGCAAGGUGAGCUCACCUGCGGGCACCUGGGGGCACCUGGGGGCACCUGGGGGCUUGUUAAUUGGCGCCAGGAAAGCCCAGGAGAACCAGAAGGAGAUGAAGCUGCUGCUGGACAUGUACAAGUCGGCGCCCAAGGAGCAGCGGGACAAGGUGACGCUGAUGGCGGCCGAGAGGAAGAGCAAGGCCGAGCUGGAGGAGCUGCGGGUGCGCUGGCGGGAGCUGGAGGAGCGCGAGCGGCGCGAGAGCAAGAAGCUGGCGGACGAGGAGGCGCUGCGGCGGCUGCGGCUGAGCGAGGAGCAGAUCGAGCACCUGCAGCGGCGCCUGGCGGCCACCAAACAGGAGGAGGAGGCGCUGCUGUCGGAGAUGGACGUGACGGGCCAGGCCUUCGAGGACAUGCAGGAGCAGAACCUGCGGCUGCUGCAGCAGCUGCGCGAGAAGGACGACGCCAACUUCAAGCUGAUGUCGGAGCGCAUCAAGGCCAACCAGAUCCACAAGCUGCUGCGCGAGGAGAAGGACGAGCUGGCCGAGCAGGUGCUGGCCCUCAAGGCGCAGGUGGAGGCGCAGCUGCAGGUGGUGCAGAAGCUGGAGGAGAAGGAGCGGGGCCUGCAGAGCGCCCUGGGCGCCGUGGAGAAGGAGCUGAGCCUGAGGUCGCAGGCGCUGGAGCUGCACAAGAGAAAGGCCGUGGAGGCCGCCCAGCUGGCCGAGGACCUGCGUGCCCAAGGUGAGCACGUGCAGGCGCGGCUGCGGGAGCUGCAGGUGUGCGCGGCCGAGAACCGCGCGGCCAAGGACAAGGAGUCGCUCAGCCUCAAGCGGGCCCAGGAGGAGCUGUCGCGGCUGCGCCGGAAGCUGGAGAAGCAGCGCAAGGUGGAGGUGUACGCCGACGCCGACCAGAUCCUGCAGGAGGAGAUCAAGGAGUACAGGGUGAGCUGCCAGGACCUGCCUGGGCUGCCAGGACCCGCCCGGGGCUGCUCAAUGACCUUUAAUGACCUCCCUUGA